GUAGCCGGUUCGCCUACGUUGACGCUAACCGAAGGAGGCAUCCAGUUCGCCCGCAUUCCUCCUCUGUCGACAGCCUGGCUGGGGUAGAGUGAGGCACAAGAAGAAAGGAGGCCAUUAAAGAAGAAGAAGAAGACGCCAAAUGCUAUAUUUUUGUCUUCCCAUUAGCACCAAAGCAAGCUGGAUUUUUAUAAAGCCGGAGUAGGCGACUCUUCCACCGGACUCUCUGACCAAAUAUGGGCCGUGACUAAAUAACAAGCACGUCAGGACUGUCGACUUUUGGACCCGAGGAGAAGAGGGUGACUAAAGAGCCACAAAACGACCGAUUUUUCUUUCCGUUUCGUCGUUAAUACCGCGUAAAAAGGCGAAAAGCUUCGGUGGAACGACCUCCAACCUUUUUCCCCGUGGAUAUCCUGUGUGUGUGUGUGUUUUUUAAUAUCAAGAUGGCUGAUGACAGCAGCUAGCCCGUAUAACAAGGACGGCGGAGCGACGUCCCCUUUUAAUAGCCUCAUAUUUUUUUAUAUUCUAACCUUGGAAUAGUUACAAAUAUAUAUUUAAUAAAAUAAUGCAUAUGUUGUUCUCAAGCAAGGGCCACGUUUGUGACGAAAGUGCGAUUUAAAAUGUGUACCUGUACUACAAAAUGGUGAGGUGAGUCGUUUCGCUUUAUUCCCCCCACGAUUUUCGUCGAGAUAAGUCGAUUAAAUAUGUUGUUGAUCGACGGUGGAGGCGAGAGAAGGCGUAUAAGCAGAACGCCGAAGUAAGAUUUAAGGAAUAAAUAAUUGAAUAAUAAGUGUAUUUUUGUGUGGAGGAGAGGGGCUUAUUCGAUCGAUGGGUGUCGAAGCAAGCGGCAUUCCUGCAGAUCCUUAAAGCUAAAUAAAAGCUCUUUUGUUCAGUAGCUUCGAUUGGAGCCCUUAAAAAGCGACAACUAUGCAGUAAAACCGCAUCCAAAGCGACGGUCCGGCUAUGAAUUUAUGAUUUCUCCAUCUAAUAAGAUUAGUAGGCCCUUUUGUUAUCGAGUGGAAAGUGCCAGAGAGAGCCGCGGCCUUGUCUGUAUGUGUGCGAGUCUGUGGAUUAUUAUUCAUCUCAUGGAAAUGGCGUUUCAUGUCAAAACGAAACUGAGGGGUUAUUAUUCUGAAUCUUUUGCGGGGCCGCUGUGCGCUUAGCUGGACCUGCUGUGCUGGUCCGCUCGGGAUUUGGGGGCAAAAAGUGACUGUUAAAGGUUCAGAGUCAGGUUAAAAAAAGAGAGAAGUAGAGUGUUAAUCAGGGUGUGGAAGCAGGUUAAUGAAUCAAGCGCCAGGCAAAGCUGCGAGUGCACGUGCAGGAAGUCCUGUACUCAUUUGCAUAUUGGGCUGAUUCUGGUUGAGUUAUCUGUGCCUUGUUUGGAUUCCAAGGUUUUACCUACAGGCUGCUUCUUCCUGCAGGCCACACACAAACACGCCCUGUGUUUGUGUGUGUGUGGGUGCGCGCGUCCGCGCGUGUGUCACAGUUUACAGUAAUCUUGUAACGUCAGCCUCACUGUGUAUGUGUGUGUUCUCUUUUGGUCAGUUUUCCGGAACUUGCCGCAGCAAUAACGAACAAGUCAGGGUGUCGGCGCAGUGGUAAACGCACACUUUAAGGACAGCGUCCGUUUAUUUUUUAUUUUUUUUCCCCCUGGUGUCGGGUGGGACGCUUGUGAGAACACACAGACUGAAAUCCGGAGGGGGCUUUGUAUGCCUGCCCCCACCGCCAUGGCAUCCGACAUGGCCGAGACUUGGAAGAACUGCUUUGAGGAGGAGCUCAUCUGUCCCAUCUGUCUGCACGUCUUCUCUGAGCCCAUCCAGCUGCCCUGCAAGCACAAUUUCUGCCGGGCGUGCAUCAGCGAGGCCUGGGCCAAGGACUCCACGCUGGCUCGCUGCCCUGAAUGCAACCAUGCAUACAGCCAGAAGCCCAGCCUUGAGAAAAACCACAAGCUUUCCAACAUCGUGGAGAAGUACAACGCUCUCAGUGUGGAGAAGGCAUCGGUGCCGCCGCCCCAGUGCAUCCUGUGCCGACGCGGCCCUCCGCUGCCCGCCGUCAAAGUGUGCCUGCGCUGCAACGCGCCCUGCUGCCAGUCACACGUGCAGACACACCUGCAGCAACCAUGCUCGGCGCUCGGGCACCUGUUGGUGGAGGCCGAGGCGGUCAAGGCGUGGACGUGCCCGCAGCACGACGAGUACCGGCUGUACCACUGCGAGGCCGAGCAGACGGCCGUGUGCCAGUACUGUUGCUUCGCCCGCUGCCACCCUAGCCACGGGCACGCCGUCGCUGACGUGGAGCUGCGCCGCAAUGACAUCCGACAAAGCCUACUCGGGCAGCAGGAGCGCGUGGAGGACCGCGUACAGGAGAUCGAGGAGCAGCUAUGCAAGCUGGAUUCGGACAAGUGCGUGGUGGAGGACCGCGUGCUGGAACUGAAGGAGGACGUGCGCCUGCAGUACCAGCGAAUGCACCAACUCCUGGAGGAGGACCUGGGCCGCACGCUGGAAGCGCUGGAGCGGGCGCAGGCGCGCUUCUGCCAAGAGAACGCCACCCAGGUUCUGGCGCUGGGCGAGCAGAGGCACGAGGCGCACAAACUGCUGAGCGCCAUCAACACGGCGUUCGGCAAGGCGGAGGAGCUGGGCUUCAUGAAGAACACCAAGCCCGUCAAGAUCCUCGCCGACAGGUCUCAGGCGUGCGUGGGAAGCACUCUGCCCCCCUACAAGGUGGGCAAUCUGAACGCCAAGCUCUUCCUCUCUGAGAUUUCCAAGCGGGAGAAGAGCUUGAAGAGAACGCUGGAAGCCCCUCUCACCCCUCCCUCCACCUUCCUGCAGUCCGUCCCCGCCUUCCCCAGCGGCCAGAGCUCGGCCUCGGGAGCGGAGAAACGGAAACAUUCCGCCGCUUUCCCGGAAGGAAACUCGGGCAAAACCAACGCAGCAAGUUUCAAAGACGCCUCCUCUUCCUCCUCCUCCUCAUCUUCCUCGAGCAAGCAGCCCUACCUGGGCUCCUCCUCGACCUCCGGAGAAGGUCAGUCGGCCAAUCAGCCGUGCGGCCCGCCUCACAUCGCGGAUGGCGCUAACCACCAUUCAGGCGCCGUCUUCGGCUCCUCGCACUUUCCCUCCGGCGGCGGCGGCGGAGGAGGCGGCGGCACCGGCGGCUCCUCGCACUCCUCCCAGCAGAGCGUGCUGCCCCAGUACGGCGGGCGCAAGAUCCUGGUGUGCACCAUGGAUAACUGCUACUGCUCCGGCGUCCCGUCCGUGUCGGGCCACCGCGCCCACCCACCUUACCCGCGCUCGGGCUCCUUCCCCUGGGUCAGCCCGCAGGACUACCCCCCGCCGCCCGGCCUUGCCUCCGGCGGGCCGUCCAUGCAGGGCCUGUCGAUGGGCAACUGGAUCGAUGCCUCACAGUCGCACAGACACGCCGACUUCUACGGGCUGUACGGGCAGCCCUCCACGAAGCACUACGUCACCAGUUAACACACACACAAACACACACACACACACACACACUGUAAAAUGUGUAAUCCCCUGCUAUUUGUGAGUAAUUGACUCCUAAUUGCCGAUAUUUAUAGUUUCAACUGUAAAUUACCACCAAACGGAUACUGCAACAAUUCAUUAUCAUUUCUAACUCACUUUACAUUGCCCCUAAAAAUACAUGAAUAUUUCCAUGAAGUAUUUUAAAAUACUUCAUGGAAAAGUGAAAACUGUAAUUCAAACAAAUUCUGUCCGCGACUAACACCAAUGCAUCAUCUUGUUCAGAAAGAGCUAAAAAAAUAAUAAUAAUUGUGAAUAUGUAAAUUCCUUAAUUGUGAACUGCAAAUGCACAGGGGAUUACUGCUUUAAAGCCGUUAUAGCCUACACACAUUUAAACCACACACACACACACAAACCUCUAGAAUACAAUGUAUACACAUUCGGGGGCAGGGUCGAUCGCUUUUUAUUUUGACGUUCUUUUGGGUCAGUGUUGUAAAAUGUACAUUUAACUAAAAGAAAACAACCUUUAAAACGUAUAGAAACAUCCUAUCAGUCAUUUUAAGAGACUCUGAGGGAGGAGGAUGAACGCAAGUUGUAUUUUUAUUUAUGGAGUGAGAGAUGGAAACAAACUUUUUAAGGGUGCCCCCCUCACCUCUGCACCCCCACAAAAAAAAAGAGACAACCUCUCCCGAGUGUCCCCAGUUUAGCGUCAACCGAGGUCCGUUGCCUUACGUCGUCACAAAAUCCUUUUUUUUUCUUCCCCUCAUGGCACUUGUUAUUGCUUCACAGGCUUUUCCACCGCACACCCACAAUGCACUUGGAGGACACUUUACCCCAACCACCCGAUAUUUACGGAUAUUUGAGACCUCAGAGUGGCAGGACAGACCAAACGAAUCAGGCGUUGAUUAGAAGAGGAUCCGAUGACGCUUUUUCACGUACUUCCUUCAGGGCGACGAUGUCACUUCCUUUCAAUAAGCACACACACUCACACACACGCGUGCGCAUUAGCUCUUGGCUUCCUCUUUGCAGCUGUAAGCACGCAAAGGAAGACAUUUUUUUAAGCACUCAGAAGAGACGAUGUAUGCAGUUUUAAAGAGAAAAAAAAAAGAGUGUACGAUGAUCUACUUUUUCUAAAAGAACGAGAACGGACCGGUCAUCCUUCUUACAAUAGAAGCCAUUAAGGACACUCGACUAAGAGAACGGAGAGUACAACUUGAAAGUAUCUUUUUUUGUAAAUAUUUUGUGAAAUGGAAAAAAAUGACACGAUUUGGAGAAUUCCAAAUAAAGAAAGGAAUUUAAAAC